CAAUUAGGACGAUCGAUGAUCAAAUCAAACUACAUACUCUUGAAAUACGUAUAUCUCCGCACUUCCAAACAUUUUUAUUAUUAUUUUGAAUCUAAUUAGAUAACUAUGAAUAUUGGUGGUUAUCCAUCCUCAUCACCCGUGUGGUCUGCUAAAUUUUGUGGCUGUGGAGGUGACACUAAAACAUGUUUGAUAACUUGCUGUCUACCCUGUGUCACCUUUGGGCAAAUUGCAGAAAUUGUGGAUGAAGGGAAGAGUUCAUGCGCUUCACAAGGGUGUGUAUAUGGGUUACUGAUGAUGGUUUCAUGCCACUGGUUCUAUUCAUGUGUUUAUAGAGAGAAACUGAGAAAAAAGUAUGGGUUAGCAUCUGAACCUUGCUGUGAUUGCUGCGUUCAUUUUUGCUGUGAUCCAUGCGCCUUAUGCCAAGAACAUCAAGAGCUCAAAUUAAGAGGCCAUGACCCUUCCAAAGGUUGGAUUGGACCACCAACUACUAAUCAACCACCUAUGCCUCCUACCAUGUAUAAAUGAUCCACCAGCAUAUAUCAAGAUCCACUGGAUAUAUAUUACUUUACAGAAUAUCUUUAAAUAAUAUUUUGAAAUGUCUAUUAAAUCAUUGGUUAAGCAAAGAAAAGAAAAAGAAACAAAAUUUGAGACUUAAUUUAACCAACGUUUAAGAGAUAUUUCAAGAUAUCUUUUUAAAGGAGUGUUAAUAAAAUAAAAUAACGCAAUUUUUUUAAUUGUAUAUCAUCUUCUUGUAAUGGAUCGUAACAAGACUUCUUCUUGAGGACGGAAAAUUUCAGUAGUAUUUCUUUCUUUAU